ACUGGAAAUAGAACAGUUUUACUCAGCGGUAUCCAUCUUGAUUCCCUUCUCCCGUUUUAAGAUACCUGAGGCACUUUAAGCAGAGAAGGGUGUCAGCAAUAUUUGCCAAUUUUUAGUGGGGGAUAUGUGAUCUGCUCCUUCAAAAGACAUCUGUGUUUUGGGUUUCAGGGCAAGGUGCUAUUUUCAGAAUCCAGGUAGAAUCUAACACAGUAAAACAAUGCCAAGGGACAAGGAAGGAAAACAAAAAACUAAAGGAACACCCCUGCCCAUCGUUCCAAUUCUUCGGAAGUUCCUGAAAACGUAUGAAAAGCACUGUGCCCAGACGCAGACAUCUGUGUGUCCAGCCAUCAGACAGGACUUGAAAACCAGCAUCAACAACGAACAGGUUCUUAGGAAAUUUAUGCUUGUAAGACCUGAAGACUCCCCAACAAGCGUCCUACCCAUUUCCUUAGAACCUUUGCUCAUGACAAUUCGAGAUGAGUGUUAUAUGCUGGGGAAAGAGAUCUGUAUCUGGAGCCUUCAACUGAGCAACCCAGAGAUUGCCAGACUGGCUUCACUUCUGGAGUUGAAGGGGAGUGCCACCAGCCCCUUUACCAGCCUGGAGCUCACUGACUGCAGGAUGGAUCUGUGGUCUCUCCAGAGACUCGGGAGGGCUCUGCCAUGCAGCCAUCUGCGUUCUCUCAUCCUCGAUUACAGCAGAUUUGGAAAGGAAGAAGUUGAGAGUCUUUUCUCAGGCCUGGAGAACAACCAGAGGCUUCAAGCCCUCAGUCUGCGCUACUGUGGCCUGGGGCCACAGAGUGGACCCCGGCUGGGUACCGUCAUAUGCCAGACCGCCAUCAGUGAGCUGCACCUCGACGGCAAUUUCUUACAAUGUUCCGGAGCUCUGGCUCUCCUCAGACCCAUCGCAGAGUAUGCAGAGAUGCAGGGGAGAGAACAGCCGGCCACGGCCCCACCAGACCCUGGGAGUCCCCCUCAUCAGCUGCAGGCCAAACAGAGGGGCAGUUCGGCUUUGAACCAGAUUACAGAGGCACCUGGAACUCUAACACAGAAAACUACUUCAGGGAAGGAGAGGAGGAAAAAAGGAAUCAAGAAAAAAAUUAAAGAUUUGACUGAAGCUGGUCCUUGGUUAGUGAAGUUGUAUCUGGCAGAUAAUGGCCUAGACAGAAGAGGAAAAGAAGGAGAAAAUGGCUUGUUGGAAUUCACUCAAAUUUUAACAUGCCUGAUCAUAUACUCUGCUCACUUACGGGAAAUUGACCUCAGAAACAAUGUCCUGGGAGAGAUGGCUGCUGCUGACAUACUUGAAGCACUGAGAGCCAGAAAGACAGGUAAACUCCCAGUCUUAAAAAUUACGGUCACUCCUCAAAUGUCUUCUGAUACCUUCAGAUCUAUUUGGAAAAAUAGCAGGAAAUCUAGGAUUACCAGUAAAAAGAAGAAGAAGGUAACAGUAUCCCAAACCAUCAGUCCAUCCUAAUGGAUGAUUAUAUCAAAGGACAAGUAGUAUGAAAAAACAUAGUUCCCUCAAAGGUUGGUGCAAACCUUGUCUCUUCUCUUCAACUUUCCCACCCUCCCCUCCCCCCACAAUCCUGGUACCUGUUAGCUUAUUGUGGAUUUGAAAUGGUGAAUUUACCUGAACUAUUUAUGAAACAUGUGGGAUCUAUUAGGUGGUAGUGCUUUAUAUAUGUUCACUCUCUAUUGUAUGAAGUUGAACUUCCUUUUUUCUUUUUAUAAUUUAUGAAUUUUGUGUUCAUUAUUUCACAGGGUAAAAACUGAAUAUGGAUGUUCUAUAUCUUUAUGGAUGCUCUCUGUUUCCAUGGCCAAGUGGACAUGUGUAGAAAGAUCUUGUUUGUUCUAUAAUAAGAGUUUUCACUGGAGGAGCACCUGGGUGGCUCAGUG